AUGGCUUUCCUCGCAGGAAAAGCAACAUUCCUUGUGAUAGUCUUAGCAGCAGCAGCGACAAUAGCAGCCGCUUCUUCUCCUCGCAGAUUGCGUAGCAAAUCAAGAGAUGGAGGGAUCGUCUCCUACUGGGGCCAGUUCGGGCAAGAGGGCCCCUUGGACAAAGUUUGCGCGAGUGGGAACUACGAGAUCAUCAACAUCGCGUUCCUUAAUGAGUUUGGAAACUUCCGGCAGCCCGUGCUGAAUCUGGCAGGCCACUGCGACGCCACCACCUCGGAUGGCUGCGCCGCCGUGGGCGGUCAAAUCAAGUCGUGCCAGUCAAUGGGGGUCAAAGUCUUGCUCUCGAUCGGCGGCGCCAGCGGUUCCGCCCUAUUGGUGAGCGAGGCCGACGCUGCCAAUCUCGCCCACCAAUUGUUUGACAGUUUUCUCGGCGGUGAAUCCUCGUAUAAGCCUUUAGGCGACGCUGUUCUUGAUGGAAUCGAUCUGGACAUUGAGUCGGGCAAGACCCCGAAGCUAUACGCAUCGAUGGUCCGCCAUCUUCGCACCAUUGCCGGGAGAUCCAAGAUUAUCGUCGCUGCUGCUCCUCAGUGCCCGUUUCCGGACGAGAACCUCGGCUCGGCGCUCAAGGUUCCGGGGCUGUUUGAUUUGAUCUUCGUCCAGUUUUACAACAAUCCCCCCUGCGCGUUCGAUGGCAGCGAUAGCAAGAAGCUCCUGGAUUCUUGGAAGCAGUGGACGUCGUCGAUCCCCAUGGCGAAGUUCUACCUGGGAUUGCCGGCCUCUCGCGCCGCCGCUGGAUCGGGCUUCCUUCCAGCAAAUGUGGCCAGAUCCAGCGUGCUUCCCGUCAUCAAAUCGACUCGCAACUACGGUGGAAUCAUGCUGUGGGCUGUUUUCUUCGAUCAGCAAGAGUCGUAUAGCGAUUCCAUCCUGUCCAGCGUCUAG